GACUAUGCAGUGUUUCGUUUGGAAAUAACUCAAAGCCAGAAAGAAAACGGGGCAUUGCGGAGGAAACUACAGCUACUGGAACUGAAGAUGGCACGGGAGCGCGCAGAGAGGACAAUGCGAGAGCGCGUCGUCGCAGGCAGUACUACUACGAGUAGUGUCAAGAUCCUGGACCAAUACAGAGGAAUGGCAAGAGGUGAAGGACAUAUCACUGGAGGCCACAUGAUUUCUGUGAAGCCAGCAGGACACAAUACAUGGAGAGAUGACCAACCAAUCACUGUUGAUGAGGGGAGUGGAACCUCAACCCAGCACGUUAUCAUGAUAGAGAUGCAGAGGCUGCAGGUCCUGGGGUCAAGCUGGAGAGGUCUGAAGCAGAGGUGGACCCACGGCACAGCAGAGACAUCCAGACUGGAGUGCCCCUUGUAGCCACAGAGGAUUCCACCACUGCCCCAGCGCAGUACAGGACCCGACGCAGGAUCACGGAGGUCAGUGGAACGCCGAACGCCGUACUCAAGUCAGAGACAGACACCGAGACUUUAAAGGGGCUGGGGCGACUGGGUUGUCCUCCUUCUCCCCGCUCAGAGUAUUUACUUUAUGGUAACCCGAGCCCGAGGACGGUUUUAUCCCAUCAGGACUCAGGUGACGCAUUACAGACGGGCAAUGAUCCGUCCUGUUCAUACGCUACAGAGACCGAGAUGAUACCUGGUGACAUAUCUGUGGACUUAGAUACACAGACUAAUCCAAUGAGAGGGGACUGGAACCGGUACAGUAGUAGUGUAAACUCUGAAAGGUGCCUAGAUAAGAAAGGGGAGGUUGUAGUCUUAGAUGAGGUGAUUGUGAAAGUGGAGGAUGACACUCCUCUGACAUGGAAUGCAAACGAAACUCACUUAGGAGAAGGACACUCGCAGGGCAACACCAGUGACUUCUUAGAAUACAGGGAAAACUUAGAGACAAAUCCAAAUGUCGCAACCCACUCCCCUUUACACGCGUUCAGGGAUCACGACCCAGUGUCCACGUCAA